AUGAAGCUGACAUCUACUUUGGGAAGAGGCAACUUUGGUACUGGAUAUUUUAGUUUCUAUUUUGAUAAUGACAAUGUUUUGAGGUUGAUUUAUGAUGGUCCUGACAUAUCAAGUGUGUAUUGGCCUGGGCCUGGUUUGAGUGUAUAUCAGAAUGGUAGAACAGACUACAAUAGUAGUAGAAUUGCUGUUUUUGAUGAAAUGGGCAAUUUUGUAUCCAGUGAUGGCUUGAUAUUCAGUGCUUCUGACAUGGGUGCAAGGGUGAAACGGAGGUUGACAACGGAUUAUGAUGGAAACCUGAGACUUUAUAGUCUAAACUCGACAGGAUCAUGGGUGAUCACCUGGGAAGCUCUGGCACAGCAGUGCAGGGUGCAUGGGAUCUGUGGGAGAAAUGGGAUUUGUGUUUAUACACCAGAGCUUAAGUGCUCAUGCCUUCCUGGCUAUGAGGCAGUGGAUACAAGUAACUGGAACAAGGGUUGCAAGCCUAAGUUCAAGCCUACAUGCUCUCAGUCCCAGAGAGUGAAAUUCAAGCAGAUUCAGUAUGUAGAUUUCUAUGGAUUUGAUCUCAAUUACAGUGAAUCCACUUCCAUUCAGAAUUGCACAAAACUCUGUGUCGAGGAUUGCCGUUGUGAAGCAUUUGUCUAUAGGGGACAGAAGUGUUACACAAAAGGUGCUCUCUUCAGUGGGCUCAGGUCUCCAACUAUCGAGGGCAGUCUGUACUUAAGGCUGCCUGAGCCUCUGAGUAUGGAAACCUCACCAGCGGCCAAUCUCACUGUAUUUAAUUCAUGCAGGACUAAUGCUGUUAAAAUAGGUACUUCUUCAAUGUAUGACAAUCCCAGUAAAACGGUGAGAUGGGUAUAUCUGUAUUCUUUUGCUGCUGCAAUCGGUGCUGUUGAAUUUCUCUUCAUAUUAUCAGGUUGGUGGUUACUUUUCAGAAGAUCACAAGGUAUGUCAGCUCCCUUGGUAGAUAAAUAUCGCUUGAUUUCAAGUAACUUUAGAAUGUAUCUCUAUUCUGAGCUGAAGAAAGCAACCAGAAACUUCAAGGAAGAACUGGGAAGAGGGGGUUCUGGGACUGUAUAUAAGGGUGUUCUGGCCGAUGAAAGAGUGGUAGCAGUCAAGGCAUUGGCGGAUAUUUAUCAAGCGGAAGAAGUAUUUUGGGCAGAAGUCAGCACAAUUGAAAAAAUCAAUCACAUGAACCUAGUGAGAACAUGGGGAUUCUGUUCUGAAGGUAAACACAGACUUCUAAUCUCUGAAUAUGUUGAAAAUGGAUCCUUGGAUAAGCACUUGUUUCCCCCAAAUUUUCUUGGAUGGAAAGAGAGGUUCAAAGUUGCAAUAGGGAUAGCUAAAGGUUUAGCCUAUCUUCACCAUGAGUGUCUAGAAUGGGUUAUCCAUUGUGAUGUGAAGCCUGAAAAUAUACUCCUAGACAGUAAUUUUGAACCAAAGAUUGCAGAUUUCGGGCUGGCAAAGUUAUUCCAGAGAGGUGGCCUCAAUACAGUGUCCUCUCACAUUCGAGGAACAAAAGGGUAUAUGGCCCCGGAGUGGGCUCUGAACCUUUCAAUCACUGCAAAAGUGGAUGUUUACAGUUAUGGUGUAGUGCUUCUAGAGAUAGUGAAGGGCAUUCGACUUUCAAAUCGGGUGGUGGAGAAUGCUGAGGAGGAAGAAGCAGAGAUGAAGAGGUUUGUCAGGAUAGCCAGAAGGAAAAUUCAAUGUGGGGAAGAUGAAUGGAUAGAGGAUAUGUUGGAUCCAAGAUUGGAAGGGCAGUUCGGCAGGAACCAAGCGACAAAGAUGGUUGAGGUUGGUAUUUCCUGUGUAGAGGAAGAUAGGAACAAAAGACCAACAAUGGAUUCAGUAGUGCAAAUGUUGCUAGAAUGUGAAGAGGAAUCCAACAUUCAGUAG